AUGACAAUUUUGCACAAGAAGUUUGUAGUUGAUAAUUCAAAGUUGAAUAUUGGGCCAACAAAUAGUUUUAGAAUCUUAAAAGAGAAUGUUGGUGGAUAUGACAAUAUCGGAGCUUCAAAGCAAGAUUUCAAGAAUAUCUCAAAAGAUAUAAAAGCAUAUAUUGAUGGCUCUGAUGCUCAAAUGUUUGUGGACAACCUUAAAAUGAAAAAAUUGCUUUGGGGUGCCUUCUUUUGUGACUUUGAGGUAGAUGAUGAGCAAUGUCUUACUGAGGCUUUUUGGAAGGAUUCCAUUUGUAGGAAAAACUAUGCUUUGUUUGGGGAUAUGGUCUCCUCUGAUACCACUUAUGAGACUAACCGGUACAAUAUGGUCUUUGGGCCUUUUACCGGUGUCGAUCACCAUAAAAGAUGUAUCACAUUUGGUGUCGGUUUCACUGCCAAGGAAGACAUAAGCUCCUUUGAGUGGUUGUUUACCACUUUCUUGAAGGCAAUGGGAAAUAAUGAACCCACUUGUUUGAUAACAGACCAAGAUCCGGCGAUGAAAGUUGCAGUGAGGAAAGUGUUUAAAAAAACGGAGCAUCGGUUUUGCAUGUGGCAUAUAAUGGAGAAGGUGUUUCGCAAAAUGGACCGAGAUCUUCUUAAAGAAACAUACUUUCAUGGAAAGUUACGUUUAUGUGUGUGGGACCUAGGGUUGGAGCCUUUAGAAUUUGAAGAAAAAUGGAAUAAAAAGAUUGGUGAGUUUAAGUUGGAAACAUAUGAGUGGCUAACUGAGUUGUAUAAGAUAAGAAAGUUGUGGAUCCCUGCUUAUUUUAGGGAUUUAUUCUUGGGUGGGAUCAUGAAGACAACUUCAAGGUCGGAAAGUGAAAAUCAUUUCUUUACCUCCUUCAAUAAUCCCCAUGUUACUCUUGUAGAGUUCUACAUGCGCUUCGAAACUGCAAUGGAUUUGCAAAGACACUCACAAGCUGAAUUUGACAAUGACUUGAAGAAUAAAUUUCCAAAAUGCAAGACACCAUUAGUCAUUGAAAAGCAUGCUUCGGAGGUAUUUACUUGCUCUAUAUUUUAUCAGGUUCAAGAGGAGGUGUAUAAUGCUUGUUUUUCUUGUAGGAUUGAAGAGUUUAGAAGAGAAAAUGACUUGGAAAUUGGCAAGAUUGAUGAGGUGAAUCGUAAAAGAACUUUUGAGGUGGUGUUUAAUAACACCAAUUAUGAAACGAAUUGUUCAUGCAAGAUGUUUCAGAGACAUGGCUUACCUUGUAGGCAUAUGGUUUGGGUAUGGAAGGCAAAGAACCUAACCAUGAUUCCCGAUAAAUAUGUUCUUAACAGAUGUACUACAAUGGCAACAAAAAAGUCAAUCUUUGACUUGGAAGGAAAUAUUUUAGACCAGUGCACUAGAUUGGUGGACAAGAAGAAAGCUUUGAAUGAGUUAUGGUCUGAAAUCUAUUGUUGUGUAAGUGUGGCCGAGCAAAAUGAAGAAGAUCUCGCUGAACUUGUUAAAAACAUUCGUGACUUGAGAUUAGACAUGGAGGCCAAAAAGAGUGCAAACAACACUCGUAGCAAAACACAAGACAUGGAGCUCCUAAUUGGAUCGGUGGUGCCUAGUGAAAUAACCAUCAAACCCCCUAAGAUAUCAAGUAACAAGGGUAGUGGCACUAGAAGUGGAAAAAAGGAUAAAGGGAGAGAGAGAGAAGGCAAUUAA